CUUCGUUAUUACGUGCCGCACCCAUACUACCUGACCGACCGACCUGACCUGAGCCUACCUCCAUGCGGUGUGGACUAUGACAUAUCGCCCACCGGCUUCAUCUCCUCCCUCACUGACUAGACAAACGAGACCAAGUGAAGCCGUUCACGCGUGAUGCAGGCCAUUACGCCAAUUACGCCUCUGGAGGCGGGAGGAGGAGAGAUGUUCCAGCGUAUGAAGGGUGCUGCUUCAUUCCUCGAGGCCAGGACGGCUGCCAUGCGACCCGUUUCGCAGGCCUCGGAGGUGACGGAGAUCUUCGACACUGAUUUCGAGGAUGAGAGCGACUAUGGAGGAGGAGGAGGAGCCUCCGCCAAGGGCAGCUUUGAGUCGUACGAUAGCAGACGCAGAAGCCAAACCACCAUCUCCUCGUACGAUGAAGCUCGCACGCCAAGCCCAAGAACAAGCACGCAAAGCCGGCCGCCUAUGGAAUUGCGUAUCGAGCCCGUGUCGGGACCGAGAGGACCGCAUCUGUUUCGCUCUUCACAGGUAUCGGCAGAGUUUGACUUUGGGUACUCGUUACAGAUGUCCCCGCUGCUGCCCAAAGAUACGCCAUUCCAGUCAUCGCGAGCAGCGACCGCUUUCUCCGAAGACACCAUCACGCAGCCGCGAGAUCGAUCGUACCCCCUGGACUCGCCAUCACGGCAACCGGCAUAUGACUCACAUGCACACAUCAGGGCCUGGUCAACGCAACAGGUCAUCGACUGGAUGUACGCCACCGAAGCCGAUCCUUCUGUCAUCGAGUGCUUCUACAUUCAUGACAUUGACGGGUCCAUCUUGCUCAACUUACAAUUCGAGGAUCUCAAGGAGCUGGACAUCCCCUCUUUCGGCAAGCGACAUCAGCUGUGGAACGCCAUUUGUACCUUGAAAGGAGACGAAGGCCAUCCCAGCCCCCAGCCUACUCCUUUCCAGGACAUUAGCCGGCCAUGUACUUCGCACAGCAGACAAUCACCCACUCGUGGACGGACUGCGGCACCGCCUGCGGUCAACGACGACGACGACGACGAUGAAGGUGACGAGAUCUACUCUCCAUCACAGGGUCGCGGUAAGAGCAGACGCCGAGGUCGCAAGGCAACGAAGAAUACAGAUCUCAUCACCCCUGCCGAAUCGGUCUCCAUCGUCGCCAUUGAACAGCUUCUGCCCAAGCCGCACAAAUGUGCAAAAGGAGAACGAUGUGCCAAGUGGCGAAAGCAGCAACGGGAGCUGGAGCAGCUGAAGAAUGAGCAUGGAAUCGGUCGCUUCCCCGUCAGUCCGACGAAAGGAGGGCAUAUCUUUGUGGCUGGCAAUCCAGGAAACCCCAGCACUGCCGACAACAUCAUCUCCAAUGUCCGACCUCAACCGCAGUCACAGCUGCAAGGUCACCUUCGUCUCGAGGACCCAUUCCGUCCGGUAUCGGAUGCAGGAAUGCAGUCCGCAGGCUUCCCAUCAGUAGUGGCUUCAUCUGAUGUUCUUGGUCCCGGUCAAUUACCCGAGUUUGCUCUCCACGAAGAUGUCCUGAGUCACCUGGGCUCCCGCGAUGCUCAGGAUAAUGUCAAGCAAUUUCUGCAGUUCCAACACGUUCACCAUCAAGCAGCCGAGAAUGCUCCACCGUCGCCGCCGUACGAGAUGUUCCCAUCCCAAUCGAUCUCACCCUUCCCUGCUGCGAUACCUCGACACUACGGAGCCCCCGCCCUCGUGCAAGACGUGCCUCGACAAGCAUACACACCCGGCCCGCGAGACCACUUGAAGCAUCUCCCCAAGCUCGAAAUCCCACGAUCACAAUCCGCAGGACCACAGAUGCAUCAUUCCGCAAUCACAUCACCUCCCACGACCGAUCCCGCUGCAACCUCCGCCAUGUACAUCUGUCGCAGCGCGACUGCAUCUCCAGCGAACAUCUCCCGAUCAGCCACAGCCUCACCAGGAGCUCGAGCAGAGGGCAUCUAUCGCCUGGGAACUCCCUCGUCAGUCGUCGACGUCCCCAUCACCGCAGUGGGUCCACCUACUGCUCCCUUGUCCCGAGACACAUCACAAAGUGUACCACCCAAUAUGCAAUACCGCCCACAGGCACCUCUCUCUCGAGCAAAGUCACGAACAGACCCAGCUCACUGGCGUCGGCCCAGCAUGGCACUCCCUCCCGUACAAGAAGGCCAGAUCUUCGAGUCUCGUCCAUCCAUCUCCACAUCGUGCUCCACUGGUUCCAUUCCCACACGAUCAUCUUCCGUCCGUGAUCCCGCUAAACACUCUCCCAUCACGCGAGACUUUGGCUAUGGACCCGAUUGCUCCCACUCGGGUUGGAUGCGGAAGCGCAAGACCAAGAUGCUCCGACACGAAUGGACGGAUUCUCAUUUCCGACUCAGGGGAACGCAACUCACGCAACAUGCUUCCGCUCGCCUCAGUGCUGAGGUGAAGGAGAGUAUCAACGUGGAUGACUAUGCCGUGGCGUGUUCGUCGAUUGCGAGCAACAACAAACUCAGCAGUGCCUUGAAGGCGCUGGCGAUUUCGAAAGGUGCGGAAUCCAAGAAGGAAGUGCAAGAUGCGACGGCAUUUGCAUUCCAGCUCGUCCCGAGCGCAAAGGAGGGAGAAGAGCGAAGGAAGAGGGCGGAGGGAAAGACGCAUCAUUUUGCAGUCAAGACCAAGGACGAGCGCAUCGAUUGGAUGAGAGAGUUGAUGUUGGCCAAGGCGCGGGAGCAAAAGGAAAAAGGCUUCGAGGUUGAGGUCAAUGGAAAGGAGAUAUGAUGAUGAUGAUGAUUUCAUCAUUUGCCACCCUUUUCUCUCUUCUGGUGGAUGAGGAUGAAGGAAAGGGAAAACAACCUUGUGGAUGACCCUCUUUCUCGUGAGCGAUGGUUUUUUUUGGCGACAGCGUCGUCAAGACCUCGACACGAUUGGAUUCUUGAAUAUGCCCCCCCUUUUUUUGAUUAUUAUUUUUUUUUCCCUUCAUCAUACCUUCGACAAGCAUUUAAUACGAUACCCAACUCUAGCGUUAGCGACACGACACGACACGAUACGAUACAUUUUUU